AUGGGCGGAAGAAAACCCCGGGCACCGUUGGGGCACCAGGGCCCCGGGGCCAGCGCCGGGGUGUGGGAGAAACUUCGGAGGCCCCCUCCCCAGCGGCCCAGCCCCCCAGGCCCUGGUCCCCCCCCCCUGUCGCGGAAACGGGGGCUGGUGGCCUGGGUGGUGAGCAACUGGGACGAGCGCCAGGCCCGGGUGCGCUACUACCACCAGCUGAGCCAGCACGUGUCCGUGGACGUGUUCGGCAAGGGUGGGACCCGGCGGCCGGUGCCUGACAUCGGGCUUCUGCACACGGUGGCCCGUUACAAGUUCUACCUGGCCUUUGAGAACUCGCAGCAUCUGGACUAUAUCACGGAGAAGCUCUGGCGCAACUCGUUGUUGGCUGGGACCGUGCCGGUGGUGCUGGGCCCUGACCGUGCCAAUUAUGAGCGCUUUGUGCCCCGCGGUGCCUUCAUCCACGUGGACGACUUCCCUAGUGCCUCCGCCCUGGCCGCCUACCUGCUCUUCCUCGACCGCAACCCAGCUGUCUACCGCCGGUACUUCCAUUGGCGCCGGAGCUACGCCGUGCACAUCACCUCCUUCUGGGACGAGCCUUGGUGCCGGGCCUGCCAGGCAGUGCAGAGGGCUGGCGACCGGCCCCAAAGCAAACGCAACUUGGCUCGCUGGUUCGAGCGAUGAAGCCACCCAGGGAGGUCCAGCCAUCAGCUUUUUGAUCCUCUGCUGUGCAUCUCCUUGAAUGCCGAAUCCUGGGAUGAAGGUUUUGUUUAUGGGAAAAAGGUGAUUUGCCAAUGUUACUCAGCACAAAGGCUGGGUGGGUAGGAUCCCGGUUCAGUUCUUGAUGUUUUUGUUUUUGUUUUUUUGCGCAAGUAGGAGUUGGGCUCUCUCUGCUGUUGAUGGGCAUCAGUGUUCAGGACUGAAGGGGGGGGGGUGGUGUCCUCCCCUUGUAACUUCACCAGUGCAGAGGUGAAGAAAUAGCUUAACUACAAGAAGUCAUUGAGUCAGUUGCUCUGAAUUUCCUCGUCUGCCACAGGUCAUAUUUGUGGCCUGUGCUGAGUCCAAAUGUGGGGACUGCUGCUCGUUUCACAUUUCACUGGACCAAGGUGCAGCAAACCCCUGGUUUUAGAAAGAUUCUUGUCGUGGGAUAGUGGACGGACUGUGGCUGUGGCCACAAGGAAGUCUUUCUCCUUGUUGGUUGAAUUCCUCAAAGCCUCAGCACCUAAGAAAGGUGAGGAGGGUCAUCCAAGAAUCCGUUGACUGUUUCUUAACAAGUACUGUUUGUUCCCCUGCCAGUGAAUGGAAACAAGAUGCUGGAUAGUCCUUGGAGAGGAGUUAAGGUGAAUAUAUAAGUGUACCUCUCUUUACACAAAUGUGUUCUUGAAGAGCUGCUUUCCUUCUUUUUUUUAAUCCUCACCUGAAGAUAUGUUUAUUAUUAUUAUUGAUUUUAGAGAGAGGAAGGGAGAGAGGGAAACAUCCAUUGGUUGCCUCCACAUUCACCCCAACUGGGGAUCAAACCAAAACCGCCAGGUAUGUGCUCUGACCGGACUCAAACCCACAACCCUUGGUGUACCGACGACACUUCAACCAACUGAGCCAACAGGGCCCAACAAGCUGCUUAUCAGUCACAUCCCAAAUUCACUGCGCUAGGGGGAGUUCAGUAUUUAAUACAACCUUAUGGAGAAUCCCUUUACAAUGUGAAUAAUCAUCCCUAACUAAUUUCUUCUGUGUCUAUAUUUUUCUAUAACCUGGAUUUUUUUUAAAAAGCAUAUUAAAAUUACAGAUGUGAAAAUAAAGCAGAAGCAACCUUCUUCUCCCCACUUCCCAGAAAACCAGACUGUGUUUACAAGACAGAAGAGAAGGAAGCCACAGUGUCAUUUUCCACAAAAUUACUUAUUUUGUGUCUUUACUGGACCUGAAAUUUAAACUGGAAUAUCAUUCCUCCAGGGGUGCUGGCAUUCCCUGUCCGCAGAACAGUGAAAGAUUGUACUGCAUUGUGGAAUCAUGCAAAAGGAAAAAAGUUUCAUGGUGUCUGUUAAUGGCAGUGUUUGUUUCGAUCUGUUAGUUUUUUUUGUUAAAUGUUUAGUUGCUAGGGAAUGGAACUGAAUUGGUGUCUGUGAUGAACUUUGUCUUUUGUUAAAGGCUAAACGGCAAUUCACCUUGGGCCCAGCAGAUUCCCCUCUUAGUCUGUGUAGUGGUACAUAUAUCCUCACAUUUCUAAUGCCCUUGAGACUGUGCCAUGGGACCAACUUUGAAAAUAUAUGCAUUGACUUUAAAAGUUGUUUGAGCAGUAUAUUCAAUAGGUGUUAUCAUGUGCCUUACUCUGUGCCAAACACUGGGCUUGGGGUGCCACAGGAAAAACAAAAAUAUGUAAGGCAAGCCCCUCUCUUUAAGGCUCUUACAAUCUAUCACUGCCAACAAGUAAUCAGUGAACUUUGAUAAAUCAACUGGCAGAACCUGUUUGUUUAAAGCGAUAUCCUUAGCGACACAGACCAUAAGUGAAUUAUUAGAAAGCCAGUUGACUUACAACCUGAAAUAAUAGUUUAUGUUUCUUGAUUUAUUAUAAUAAGGACCCUCAGUGACUAAUUAUUGUGGGCAGGGUCCAAGAUUCAUUAGAUUUACACAUGGUUCUGCUGUGAAGAGUAAUUUUGCAUUUGACUACUUCAAUUAGUUGAAUCAUAGAAUUUUAUCUCUGCAUUUGUUGUAGACUCACUUAAAAAAUCACUAAAAUCUAAAAAGUGGUUCAAUUCUCUUUAUCCUUAAAAGGGGAAAUUAAAAACCGUGGGUAAGACUUCCUUAUUAAAAUAUUAUGGCCUGGGCAGAAUUAUAAUUACAAAGUAUGAACUGUCCAACAGAGAAAAAGGAAAAAUUCUAUUCUUAAAAUGAAUAUUUACGGGAUCCUGGCCAGUGAUCUUGGUGUUAUUGGGAAUCUACAUGAGGCAGUGGGAGAGAGUUUAGGUUUUGAGGGAAACCUGGCUUAGAGUUGAAUUCCAGCCGUGUGACCUUGGGCAAAUUAGUAAUAACUCUGAACCUCCGCUCCCUUAUCAGUAAAACGGGGCAAGAAAACACUCCACAGCUCAUUGUGAGCAGGUCAGGAAAUAAAAUAGGUUUAAAGGUGGUUACUCAAUUGGUGAGGAAAAAAAAAUAUAUUUUUUCCUUCUUUCCCUGCAGUGGUUUCAGGGUGCCUCCCUAUUCAUUUACAUGUUUAAAAUUAAAUCUAUAGGAAAUAAAAAGGAAGGGACCUUCUAUCAUGUAUUUCAAAUGAAUCCCCAAAGCUAAGCCUAUUAUUUCAAAAAUCUUUGCCAUUUAGACUGACCUUGAAUUUGCAA